AGGAAGUCGCGCGGACUUGUGUCUGGGGUUUCGGUAUCCCCGCCUUCCUGGGGGGUCCGGGGGUGACAUUGCACCGCGCCCCUCACGGGGUCGCGUCGCCACCCCACCCGGACACCCUAGCUGGCGUGCUCCUCCCCUUCCCCUCUCUUGGCCGGGUCUCCACCCCGCCCCCAGCUGCCCAGCCAUGGGGGCCGCAGUGUUUUUUGGAUGCACUUUCGUCGCUUUCGGCCCGGCCUUUGCGCUUUUCUUGAUCACUGUGGCUGGAGACCCGCUUCGCGUCAUCAUCUUGGUCGCCGGGGCAUUUUUCUGGCUGGUCUCCCUGCUCCUGGCCUCUGUGGUCUGGUUCAUCUUGGUCCAUGUGACCGACCGGUCAGAUGCCCGGCUCCAGUAUGGCCUUCUGAUAUUUGGUGCUGCAGUCUCCGUCCUUCUACAGGAGGUGUUCCGCUUUGCCUACUACAAGCUGCUUAAGAAGGCAGAUGAAGGGUUAGCAUCGCUGAGUGAGGACGGAAGAUCACCCAUCUCCAUCCGCCAGAUGGCCUAUGUUUCUGGUCUUUCCUUCGGUAUCAUCAGUGGUGUCUUCUCUGUUAUCAAUAUUUUGGCUGAUGCACUUGGGCCAGGUGUGGUUGGGAUCCACGGAGACUCACCCUAUUACUUCUUGACUUCAGCCUUUCUGACAGCAGCCAUUAUCCUGCUCCAUACCUUUUGGGGAGUUGUGUUCUUUGAUGCCUGUGAGAGGAGACGGUACUGGGCUUUGGGCCUGGUGGUUGGGAGUCACCUACUGACAUCAGGACUGACAUUCCUGAACCCCUGGUAUGAGGCCAGCCUGCUGCCCAUCUAUGCAGUCACUAUUUCCAUGGGGCUCUGGGCCUUCAUCACAGCUGGAGGGUCCUUCCGAAGUAUCCAGCGCAGUCUCUCGUCUUCGAUGCGAGGGCAGGGAAUCUGAACUCAUGUCAGAAACUCUGGGUUAAGCAUCUUCCAGAAGUGGAUCUCCCUUCCUCCAGGAUUGGAGUAAAAGGAGUUACUCACCCAUGCUUCCGUUUGCCCACCUCUGCCAUCUGAGGCAUUAAGGAACACUCCCAUUCUCAAGAGCUCCAGGAGUAAAACCAGACGUGGGGUCAGCAGGUUUAAUUUCCAAAUAUAUUGAGAAAAAAAAAAAAAAAAAACAAACCACCAAAAUAAACAGCAGCAACCCUUUUUCCUAAGGGGAGAUCUUACAGCUAUAUCUAGGGACAGGGUUAUAAAGAUGAGGGGACGGGGGACUGUGGGCCACAUCCUCCUACAGCUACACACAGCUGAGCCUCUGCAUUGUCACCGUAGGACUGUCCUGAUCUCCAUGUUCUGAGAGGCUGAAGGUUCUGUUUUUCUUCCUUGAAUGAAAGCCUGUCCCUACCUCUGUGUAGGGACUGUCUGGAGGAAAGAGGGGUGUUGGCCUACUCCUACAGUAUUUCCUGGCCAGUCCCGGCGCCUCACUUGACAAGCAUCCUGACAGCCAAGCAAGUAGAAGGCCUCUAAAGUGUCCAGGAAGGAGUCUAUGCCUCGGUGGCUCGUGCUGAGGUGAAGACCACACUUUUCCGGUUUCUUAGUCUCUUCCUCCUGGAAGGGAGAAUGGUUCGUGGAAAUGCCUAGUGUCCGAUGUGAAACAGAUUAGAGGUGGACUAGGAGCAUGCUUUUUGGGACAAAAGGACUGGAAGAUUGGAGAGUAGGACCUCACCGGAUCUUUCUAGCGAUGAAAUAAACAGCCAGCAGAAGGCAGAGACAGCCAACCAGGAUUCCUACUCCCAAACUCAGCAUUUCACCUGGGAGAGAGAUGGAGGGUGUCUGCCUAGGACUGACAUAGUGAGCCUUUCCCUAACUUGCUGAGGAGCACCAUACCCUGUACCCCACACCUUGAUACCUGGGAAAGACUGUCUUACCUGUGGUAUACGAGGGUCCCACUGCAAGGGAAGAAAACCUGGGUCAGCGAGACCAGAUCCCCACCCAGCUAGAAGCUGCCCUGUGCCAGCCCUGAGGGCUAGGCACCUUGGGGCAUGGUGGGUCCCAGUCCAAGCAAGGCCUGGGAAUCCCUUCCCCCUGUAGCCUUCUUUUCCUUCUUAGGGGCAUCCUAGUUCCUGCCAUUGAAUCCCCCAGUUUCCUGUCCCUUUUUCCAAGCCCUGUACAGUCACCUUGGAUGAAAGAAGCAAAGACCAUCCGCUGAUUGAGAGGCUGGGGGGCUCGGUAGUUCUGUACCAGUGGCUCAGAGGGCUCCUCCUCCGUGGAGAACAGUGUUUCCCGAAGGUUUUCCAGCUGAGGAGCAGAAGCGUGGGACUCAGGGACGAGUGGCCCUUGCUUUGGGGAGUGGGGAAGGGUUUGAGGUUACAACUCCUCUGCCUCACCUCUCCACUGCUCACCUGUUCCAUAGAAAUCUGGGCCCUUCGAUGGAAGACAGUCCAGAGCACACUCUGGUAGCAGGGCGGAGUGGUGAGCGAGCCAUUGUAACGGAAGUACUGUGCCAGCAGCGGCGGGAGCAGCCCUCUCACGUUGAAGGGAGGCACGGAGGUCUUCUGAUCUGGUCAAGGACAGAUUCAGGCUCAUCUCCCUCACUGCACCCUCGCUUACCUAGACGGGGCUCCUAGAAGCAACACCUUGGUCCCUAACUCACUGCCUCAUCCCAGGCCUCUCAGGCCUUGAGAAAUUUCCCUGAAGUCUAACGUGACUUUGUCUUCAGAUAGAUUUUUAGGGCUCACCUUUAUGCUUGAUUUCAUGCAAAUGACUCAGAAUGUGUUCAUAAGCUGGAUUCUUAGUCUCACCCACCUGGAUUGGGAAGAAAUGGGGGAGAGUGUUCAGGAUGAGUCCAUGUUAGAAGUCAGACAUUUGUGUGUAGGAUACAUGGUCUAAAUGGGUUGCUGACUUGUCUUGGGAGGAUGACCAGCAACAGACAUGGACAGAAUAG